GUUUUGCUGUUGAAUAAACAAAGUCAGCGGUUGUCUCAUUGAAACGUUCACGCAAUUUCUUCUUCCCGUUUUAUUUUAUUCUAAAUCAUUCGUUACCUGAAAAAUUAUCGAGGAAAUUAUAUUAUUGCGUUUCAAAUAAUGUCAGCAUUAAAAUCUGAAAAAAAUUCCUAUUGAAAUCAUUGAAAAUUAAGAAAAUUGACAAGACAAUUGCCAAAAAGCUGUUCACUACCCAGUUCGGAUGUAAAAAUUUAUUUGGAAAAAAAAAUCAUUUGUCUUCCUGAAUUACAUAUUCUUGUGAAAUAGUAAAAAUCACAACAUCAAGAUGGUUAAGUCACCGCUGAAGAUGGAAAAGUUAGUCGUCGAUGCGAUCCGGAAUCUCCGUGAGGCCAAAGGAUCGACUACCAAGGAUAUCCUCAAUUAUGUGAUGAGAGAAUAUAACUCAGAACCUACUCUUGAACGUCGGUUGAGAGCAGCGUUAAAACGAGGAUUAGAGUAUGGGAUCCUUCAAAAAAAAGGAGCCCAUUAUCUAAUGAAUGAUCCUGAAAUGUCAACUGAGCAGGGACCAAUGGAGCGUGGUGGCCGGAGACGACGACGACGAGGAAGGAAAGGAAAAAAGGGAAGACGAGGACGUGGACGAAGACGACGAGGUGGACGAAGGCGUAAGGGCCGUGGAAAAUCUCGAGGACGAAGGCGACGUCGAAGCAGGAGGCGAGGACGAGGUGGGAGAUCAAGGAAACGAGGUGGAGUUGAUGACAUAGACAUGUUAUCAAAAGAACCAAUUGAAGAAGCAGCACCAAGAACUGAUGCUGAUGGCGGUGGCCAGACGUAUGAAAGGCCAACGAGUAGAAGUAGAAGCCGACAAAGCCGUAGUCGGAGCAGAACACCCAGUCACAGUCGAUCGUCCGGAAGCAGCGAUCGUGAAGGUACCGAUGAACGACAACAGCAUGAUUAAAAAUGACAUUUCGAUUAAUUUACGUUUUUUUAUAACAUGUACCAUUUUUUUACUAUCUCCAGUCCUUUUGACUAAUUUUUUAUAUCCUCGAUAACAGGUUUUGGAAAUGAUAUAUUAAAUAAA